UUACCUUUUCUUCCCUCCAAGGCUCUGACCCUUGGAGAGCAAAAGGCUCACACAACAAAGCCAAAAACUGCUCAUUUGCAUUUCUGUUUCCAGGUUACGGCAGAUCACAUCAUUUUCCAUGAUACAGAAACAUCAAGUGACUUGAAUGAAGAGUGUAUCUGCAGUAUGGAGCUCCCUGACACUGCCUUUCCUACAAGUAUGGUUACUUUCCUUGAAAGGGCCUUGGGAAAUUUCACCUCUACUGGUGGCAUCGAGGAAGAAAAGGUUUCAAAAAUUCAUUUUAGAAUCAUAGAAUUUCAGAACAAACUGGAUAACCUGACUAAAAUAAUAAAUCAGUAUGAAGGGAAAGGCUUUAAGGAUAAUGCAGACUAUCUGAGAGUCCAAGGUACGAUUGCAGAGUUGGAAAACAUUGGCAAAGACCUGAGUAUCAUCCUGAAUGCAACCGAUGGGGGAAUUGAUCGGCUGAUCGGUGAGAUCAACAAUAUCUCCAGCAUGGUGUGGCAGCUGGAAACUUUUGAUGAAAACAAUGUGCUGGCAACACGAAGGGAAAUUGACUCCAUCCGUAAACAACUGGCUGAUUGUGAAGAAGCUGCUGGAAAUCCCAAUUUUGGACUACCUUCCGCUGGUCUCACACGACCUGCGAUUGGAACCUGUAAUGACAAAAUCUUGCUCAAUGUUAGCAAGCCAUUCAUAGUGAAACUCAACUGGCGAGGGUUCAGUUACAAAUCUGGUGGUUGGGGCAAGGACUUUGCUUUGAACAACAAAAAUCCAGGCUUAUAUUGGGUUGCUCCACUCAACACUGAUGAACGUAUAAUGGAGACCUAUCGCGUUUACAACACUUAUAAUGACCUACUGUUAUACAAAAAUCAAGUGGAAAGAACCCUUUCCCAACAGAUUGGGCUCACCUGGAACUUUAUCAACUGUGGACAGGGGAGUGGGAUGGUCUUGUACAACGGCACCUUGUAUUACAACUGCUACAAUUCCAGGAACCUGUGCAAACAGAAGCUGUCAAACAAUCAUAUUAAACGCCAGAAACUGGGCCUUGCUGUUUUCAACAACUGGUUCUCCUACAAUGGUAUCGGUUGGCAGGACUUUGAUUUUGCUGGUGAUGAGAAGGGCCUGUGGAUAACGUAUUCCACAGAGAAAAGUAAGGGGAAGAUAAUCAUUGGGAAAUUAGAUCCUAAGACUAUGGAGGUAACAAAGACUUGGGAAACUUCCUUGAACAAGCCUGAAGUAACCAACACGUUCAUGAUCUGUGGGAUACUGUAUGCCCUCAAGCGAGUGAGUGCACAUAAGGAAUUAAUAUUUUAUAUGUACAACACCGAAACAAGCAAAGAAACCAAUUUAGAAAUUACCAUGGAGAAACUCGCAGAUGUAGCACAAAGUGUGAACUACAAUCCCAAUGAUCAAAAGUUAUACAUGUACAACAGCGGCUACCUGGUGACUUACGACAUAAUGUUCAGCUUUACUCCCCCGAAAGCCAAGCGCAGUGUGCCCAGCAAUGAAAGGCAAAAGACUCUUACUGUAUCUAGACGAGGCAGGUGGUAACUUGCAGUAAUAUAACAGAGAAGUAAGGACAGGCUUGCCUGUAACUCAUUUACUGGCAGUAUAAAAAUGCAUAAAUAAAACCAGAAAC